AUGAGAUUUGCGGAAGCACAAUGCUCUGAUGGAUCGGAUGGAAUUGUUAAGAACAAUCGUCUUCUGAUAUUUUAUCAUCGACCACAUCUAUUUGAAUAUCAAGAAUACGUAUGUCGACCUGAUGAAGGUAAAUUUUCGUGUGGUAAUGGACAAUGUGUAGAAGAUUUUGGUCAUUGUCAAAAUAAUCGCCAUCUUGCUUUGGCUCAAUCGGUUAGUGUUCAAGGAAAUUUAUCAUAUGAAUGUUGGAUAAGCAUGGUUUGUCUUACGAAAAUUAUGGACAAAAUCGAGAAUACAUCGUGUGAUCAGUUCAUUCAAUCUUCUAAGAUCAUUGACCAAUUAAAAAGUUGCAAGUUUCCACUUCAAUUUCCGGUUAAUCCUGUACUUUAUGGCCAUGUAACAUUUUUAUAUCAUCCAAAAGAGAUUGACAAUAUUGAUGUUACAUUAUCUCUUAAACCUGAUUAUAUUUGCUAUGAUGAACAAUUAUGCGAUUUUCUCACACCUACAUUUCGUAAUGAAACUUUGACUUGUCGUUCUGGUAAUCAAACGGGCCUUAUAAUGAAUGCUGAAUUGACUAGUUGGAAAUCAAUUAUCGAUUCAAUUAAGCCGUACUUUGAUGGUUGUAUUACUCAACAUUAUCAUAUCAUCGAUUCUCAUCAUUCAUCAUUAUAUCACUGUAAGAAUUCCUCAAAAUAUAUUUCUAAAUAUCGAAUCGUUGAUGGUAUACCUGAUUGUUUUCUAAAAGAUGAUGAACACGCAUUUGAAUUGAGUUGUUUAUUAAAUCAAACUUCUCGAUUUCAAUGUCCAAAUGAGAAACAGUGUCGAUCACCUUUAUUCUCAAAAAGUAUCUGUUCUUUUCCUAUACAGAUAAAUUAUGAUGAUAUCCCAUUUUAUAAAAUAUGUGAUCAAAUCAAGGAUUUACCCAUGGUAUUGAUUGAUGGCCGAAAUCAUUCCGAUGAAACUGAUUGUGAAGAUUGGCAAUGCAAUAAUAUCUACACACGAUGUGAUGGUUUUCGAAACUGUGUAGAUGGUGAGGAUGAAGAAAGAUGCACGCAACCGAUUGAUAUAGAGCAUUUUCUUUUCUGUAUUUCGCCACAAAAUUAUACAUUCAUGUGUUUACCAGCCGAUCAAGUCGCUAACGGAAUCGUCAAUUGUUUUGGAGCAUCAUCUGAUGAAUUUCAAAAACGCCAGGUGAACAAUACUACUUUUCAAACAUUUAGAUUUCGUUGUUGGAAUGACACAAAAUGUAAAGAACAGGAAAAUCUUUGCAAUGAAAACGAAGAUUGCCCAAUGAAUGAUAACGAACUAUUUUGUAAUAAUCAUCCACAAUUAUGUAAUGACUCUGAUUUUGACAAUCUUAUCGAUAUGCAAUAUAUUUCAUGUCAGGUCAUUAAUACACGUUAUAUAUUUUUUUCAUUAGAAACUGCAUUAAUCUACCCGCCAAUAUAUACGAUUCCGAGUAAUCCUACUGAGAAUCCAACUAAUGAUAAAAUGAUGGGAUCGCCAUUAAUCAAGAGUUUUUCACAGUCUGAAUUCUGUCAUUCUGGUUUAUACGUUUACUAUCGACUUGGAGUCAAUAAUUAUAGUAGUUUAUGUUUUUGUCCACCGAAUUAUUAUGGUGAUCGAUGUCAAUACCAAAAUCAACGUGUUAGUCUAACUUUAUUAUUUGCAACUGUCAAUCACCCUAUUAUCUAUACUAUUGCUGUUACGUUGAUGGAAGAUGAUAAUGAUCGACAAGAAAUUCAUUCGUAUCAUCAAUUCACUUAUGUGCCGACAAAAGACUGCGGUCAUCCUAUAAACAUCUAUCUACUAAAUUUAAAUCGAGGAAAGAAUAAUUCAAAAAAGUACAGUAUUCGCGUCGAUGCAUUCAAUAAAGAUUCAUUGGCAUAUCUGAUAAGUUGGCAUUUAACGAUUCCAUUCGUCUUUUUACCAGUCAAUCGAAUAACUGCUUUUUUAACGGUUCCGAUUUCUCGAACAUUCGAUCCGAAACACUGUACUCUUCAAUGUUAUAAAGGUACUUGUAUGAAAUAUCAUAAUGAAGAACGAUUCUUCUGUCAAUGUUAUUCAGGUUGGUCCGGUGCACAAUGUCGCAUUCCAAUCGAUUGUAGUAUGUGUGCAUCAAAUUCGAUUUGUAUCGGUUCGAUUCGAAAUCGAUCAAUCUGUGUUUGUCCUUACGAAAAAUUCGGUUCCUUUUGUCGUCUCCAACUAGUAUGUCCAGUAGGAUUCUGCAAAAAUAAUGGUCGUUGCAUAGUAAUCGAUGAGAGAAUGAUUGAUGAAAGAUAUGUAUGUUUUUGCUCAGAACAAUUUUAUGGGACAAGAUGUCAAUAUGUCAGUCAUAGAAUAGAUAUUUCUCUUAAAAAUAUCGAAACUCCAUUGUAUUUACUCGUCCAUAUUUACACUGAAAUUAGUUUUGAACGAUCGCUACCAACAUUUGUUACAUUCCAAAAAAUGACUAUGUUUCAAAGUAGUGUCACCGUGUAUUCACGACUUAUGUUCAAAAUGGUUAUUGUCAAAAUUGAUACUCGUUAUUAUUUGGCUGUACUUCAAAAACUCGAACAAUCUAACAUAACAACGUCGAUUAAUCCAGUACAACGAUGUGCUUUUAUUCAUGAAGUUUUAAAUACUAAAUUAGUUUCAUUGCCACGAAUUCAGCGAUUGAAAAGUUAUCAUGUUCCAUGUCAACAUGAUUUUAAUCUGCAAUGUUUUGUUGAUGAAUUUUAUAUGUGUUUGUGUACGGAAGAACAUCAUAGUAACUGUUUUCUAUUAGAACACCAACGAACUUUUGCCUGUGACGAUAAUAUUAAUUGCGAGAAUGGUGGAAGAGGAACAUGUUUACAAGAUCAAAGUAUAUGUUCUCUUAAUAUUCUAUGUGUAUGUGUUGAUUGUUUCUUUGGUAAUCGAUGUCAGUUUUAUGCCAAAGGCAUUGGACUGACAUUAGAUGACUUAUUACGUUAUGAAAUUCGACCUAAUAGUACAUUAAAUGAUCAAUCUUUGGUAGUUAAAUUAAGUGCAACUGUUAUAAUGAUUAUUUUUAUAAUUGGUACUUUAAAUGGUCUUCUUAGUUAUCUUGUCUUUCAUGAUCGAGAUUCUCGUAAAGUAGGUUCUGGAAUAUAUCUUCGAUUAUCAUCAAUCAUUUCUAUUCUGGUCGUUACUAUGUUAAUCAUCAAAUUUUGGUUUGUAAUAUAUACUCAUAUAAAUCCAUCGAUCGAUCGUAAUAUUCAUCGAAUUGGAUGUAUACUAUUGGAACCUAUGCUUAGAUUUUUCUUACAUAUGAGUAAUUGGUUGAAUACUUGUGUAGGCAUAGAAAGAGCGAUAGCAGUUUUCAAAGGAAUUAGUUUUAACAUGAAACAAAGCAGACGCAUUGCACGACGGACACUUUGCAUUUUACCAUUCAUUAUUUUGGGUUCGAUGAGUUAUGAACUUAUUGAACGCGAUUUAUUCGAUGAUUAUGAAGAACACCGUGUUUGGUGUGUAAUUCGUUAUUCUCAAUCAGUUCAAAUAUAUACUACAGUCGUACAAUAUUUUCAUUUUGUCGCACCAUUUUCUGCUAAUCUACUAGCGACUCUUUUCAUCAUACUGAAAUUAGCUCGUCAACAAGCGAUCGUUCGAACUCAUAUUAGCUACCAACAACAAUUAUUUAAUAACUUCAAUGAACACAAACAACUUGUUAUCGGUCCUAUUGUACUAGCGAUUUUAUUAUCACCUCGUUUUCUUAUUUCAAUAUCAUCAGAAUGUGUUAAAGCAUCUCGAAUUUCCUGGCUGUAUCUAUUCGGCUAUUUUAUUUCCUUUAUUCCAUCGUCUUUCGUCUUUGUAAUAUUUGUUUUACCAUCAACUUUCUACAAGAAACAAUUCAAAAAAGCAAUUACUACUUGGCGGCAACGAUUUAUCAGAGCUAUUAGAGCCUGA